AUUGGGGUUUUUCAUCAGAUCAUCGUGUAAUCAAAAUCAAGCAUGGGUGUGACUAUCAAGCAGGCGGCCCUCAUCGUCGGCGGCCUCGGUGUCUUAUCUUUCAUCUUCGGAGUCAUUGCCGAGAACAAGAAGCCUGCGGCCGGAACCCCAAUUCCCGGUAAAGAUUCGGUUCUUUGUAAGUAUCCGUCGGAUCCCUCCGUCGCCCUCGGCUACCUAUCGGUUUCAUUCCUCAUUUUAUCUUCUUUCGCCGGCUAUUGGUCUCUGUUCUACCCUUACAAGGGAAAAUCUGUUCCACACUCUGUUCUCUUCCAAAGCACCAGUUUCACCAUCUUCUUCAGCAUCGCCUGGUUUACAGGUGGGUUAGCAGCGACUCUGCUGUUGUGGCCGACGAUCACAGAGCAUCUACACUUGACUCGCAAUGUUCAUCACAAUCUGGAGACACAAUGCCCAACUGCUAAGACUGGACUCCUUGGUGGUGGUGCGUUUGUGUCACUGGAUUCAGCCCUUUUCUGGUUAGUUGCUCUUAUGUUGGCUGAUAAUGCCCGUCAGGAUCACUUUGAUCAAGUUGAAAAUGGCAUUAAAGCUUAGGCUCUCGUAGCCGCUGAAAAUAAAUACCGUCUCAAAUGGGGUGCCCUGUAAUGCAGUUGAUGGCUCACGGGUCCAUCAUCAACUGCUUCAUAUCUUUCACACAACUAUCUUUUUAUCUUUAUGUCGAUGGUUUACAUUUCACAGUAAUAAUUAUCUAUGACUGGUAUUUGUUCAGCAAAUUAUAUGGAUCCCCAAAA